AAAAAAACGCGUAAACCAACCUGACCUGAACCAGUUCCCUGCUCUCAGCCCGCCGCUCGCAGCUAGCUCAUUAUGUAAGAUCAYAUAUUUAAUAAUUUGGCCAUCGUUUGCUCGUAAUGGUCCUGGAUCGUUCCCCGCUGCUUUGAGUCGAGGAGCAGCUCCAGCUGCUGCUACCUGCCAUGGCCUCGGCGUAUAGCGGCUCCCACACCCUGAGCAAGGAUGAUGUCAACUACAGGAUGCAUUUCCGGAUGAUUAACGAGCAGCAGGUCGAGGACAUCACCAUCGAGUUCUUCUACAAGCCGCACACCAUCACGCUGCUGACAUGCACCGUGCUCAGCUUGAUGUACUUCGCCUUCACGAGAGAUGAUGGGAAUCCUGACAGUAAUGUCUGGGUGGGGCUCAUUCUGGUCAUCUCCUUCUUCCUCGUCAUCAGUGUUUUGGCAUUUCCAAAUGGUCCGUUCACCAGACCACACCCAGCCAUAUGGCGAAUAGUGUUUGGUCUAAGCGUGCUCUACUUCCUGUUCCUGGUUUUCAUCAUCUUCCUGAACUGGCAGCAGGUGAAGCAGCUCAUGUUCUGGUUGGAUCCAAACCUGCGUUACGCCAAACGAGAGGCAGAUAUAAUGGAGUACGCUGUGAACUGCCACGUCAUCACCUGGGAGAGAAUCCUGAGCCACUUUGACAUUUUUGCUUUCAGCCACUUCUGGGGGUGGGGCAUGAAGGCCCUGCUCAUCCGGAGCUACGGCCUCUGCUGGACCAUCAGUAUUACCUGGGAGCUGACCGAGCUGUUCUUCAUGCAUCUGUUGCCAAACUUCGCCGAGUGCUGGUGGGACCAAGUGAUUCUGGAUAUUCUGCUGUGUAACGGAGGAGGCAUCUGGCUCGGCAUGACCGUCUGCCGCUUCUUGGAGAUGAGGACGUACCACUGGGCCAGUAUCAACUGACAGAAUUGAACACAUUCUUCCUCAAACACAUCUUCGUGUUUCCUGCGAGCCACGCCCUCAGCUGGUGUCGGAUCCUGUUCAUCGGGAUCAUCACGGCUCCAACAGUCAGGCAGUAUUAUGCGUACCUCACAGACACGCAGUGCAAGAGAGUUGGGACGCAGUGCUGGGUGUUUGGGGCAAUCGCCUUCCUGGAGGCCUUGGCUUGUAUUAAGUUUGGACAGGACUUGUUCUCAAAAACUCAGAUCCUUUAUGUGAUCCUCUGGCUUCUGUGUUUGGCCUUCAUCACGUUCCUCUGUCUUUACGGGAUGGUGUGGUGCGCAGAAACGUACGGCCCGAGGGAAAAG